AUUAGCUUAAUCCCAGAGGGCAGCAAGAACUGUGGAUCCAAAGUUGGCAGCGUGAUCGACCAGGGUUCCUGGGUCAUGAAAUGGUAUCAUCAAGAGUUGUGAACAUUCUUUAGUGCCUUGCCUGAAAAAUCGUUUUGUUUUCUCUGACAGUUUCAGAUGGUUUUCUUUGCAGGUCGGAGAAGACCUUCUCUCUUAUCAGAGGGAUCUGUUCUCUCUUGGUAUAAAGUCAUUAUGAGCAGUUCCAGGGAGGGAUCUCCAGAUUGGUUGCGUUGUUUCCAGGCCCCCACUAAUUCAACUUUAAUAUUGUCAUCGGAUUCUGGCUCUUCUCCAAAUGAUAGCCCCCUAAGGAAAGAUGUAAUUGAUGAUGAAGAACCACCCAUUGAUAGAAAUUCUCAAUUUCAGGAGGACAAAGACCAAAAGAUAGGUCUCAGUGACAAUGUUCAUGUGUCCCAGUCGCAUAAAAAUUCAAAACCAAACAAGGAGAAGAAACAGCUGAAGGCAGAAAAUGACUUACCAAUGAAAAAGAAGAAAAUAUACAAUCACAAGAAAAGGCAAGGUAUAACAGUGGGUAAGGAUGGGAAUGGGAGAGAUGCGAAAAUUACAGGGGAAGAAACAUUUAGAAAGCGUAUCAAGCCUGUAACAUCAGUAUGGACAGUAUCAUCGGAUUCUGAGUCUUGUCCGGAUAAUAGCUCUGCGAGGGACAAAGAAGUAUCUGUGCAUAGAACAUCUCAAUUUCCAGAUAAAGGAAAGGGGAGUGCUAAUGAUGUACAAGUUGCUGAGGAAGAAAUUGUUAGGAAGCAUAUUGAACCUCAAGUCUGUUCAUCGAGAUUACCUUUGGUGCUCCCUGAGAAAGUCCAUCUUUCAAAAGCACUUACUGAAUGUGAAGGUGAAUCCAUAGAUUUGAGUGGUGAUAUGGGUGCUGUGGGGCGAAUAGUAAUUUCAGAUGGCCCUUCUAAGAAUCAUGAAAUGUUCUUAGAUCUAAAAGGAACCAUAUACAAAACCACCAUAGUUCCAUCCAGGGCAUUCUGCGUUGUCAGUUUUGGUCAAUCAGAAGCAAAGAUAGAGGCUAUAAUGAGUGAUUUCAUUCAGCUGAAACCACAGUCCAAUGUCUAUGAGGCUGAAACAAUGGUUGAAGGAACACUGGAGGGAUUUUCAUUUGAUUUGGAUGACGAGGUUGACAAGAUGCCUAAAGCCGUCGCUGGUCAAACUGGUAAAAAAGAAAGUACUGAAGAACAAAACAGCAGCAAAUGCAAGGGGAUAGCGGAGAAAACAUCAAGAGUAGGACAAAAAAAGGGCAAAAAAACUGCUGCUGGAAAGUUGCCAAAGAAAGCACGAAGGAAUGCCCAAGUUUCAAAGAAGGCUAAGGCUAAGAAAUGAAAUGUCAAGUGUAUGGUUUAUUGUUUCUGAUAUAUUCCAUAAACCACAAGACAAUAAUGACUGGACAUCAACUCUUCUUCUUAAAUGGAAAGCAGUGGAAACAGUACUUUGGAACAGAAACUGUGUUGGUUCUGAGACUUGUGUACAUGGGAAUUGCAAUUCUUUCCAACCUCCUGUUUUCUUCAAUUUGGACCAUUUGCUGAUCAGUUUGAGCUGUUACAAGUUGUAGGAUGGUUGAUGGAAGUGAUGUGAUAUGUUCUAACUGGCUUCUUACAAUUAAACAAGAGCUCAUUUUGUGUUUUUUGGGGAUAUAUUCACUGUAUAAUUCAUGCUGUAUUUCAAUUUUAUUUGCAUGAUAGUAAUUUUGAACAUUCAAA